UUGUAUUUAUAGCUGUCGUGUAAUUAACAUCAUGGUGUUAUAAAUUUGUGUUUCACAGUUUAACGUGACUGUGAAUUCCGCGAUCUGAAUAAACCCUCGCUGUGUGCUCGUCUUCACAGCUACACAGAUAAUUCAAUUCAAUGGAUAAAGGGAAGGCUGUGAUCGGAUCCUUGGGACGAAGAUGGGCCGUUGAUUUCUCCGAUAAUUCUACUUCUCGCGAUAUUCUCGAUCCUCCUGGUUUCUCACGCGCUUCCCUCGAUCAGGAUGAUUCAUCGCUUAGUCGCCAAAAGAAGGAUGCUGAAUCCAACUGGAAAGCUCAGAAAGCUUGGGAAGUUGCACAAGCCCCUUUUAAGAAUUUGUUAAUGAUGGGGUUCAUGAUGUGGAUGGCUGGUAGUACUGUUCAUUUGUUUAGCAUUGGUAUUACCUUCUCAGCUCUUUGGCAGCCCAUAAGUGCCUUACAAAGUGUUGGAAAAAUGUUUGAACCUUACAAAGACAGUAAAGUGGAGCUUCUUGGGCCUAAGUUGUUGUUCAUGGCCCUCAAUCUGGGAGGCUUGGCACUAGGUGUUUGGAAGCUCAAUGCGAUGGGACUGCUUCCAACCCACACAUCAGACUGGGUGUCAUCCUUACCACCUGCUCUGGAAGUGGAGUACUCAGGCGGGGGUCUAAAUUUUGGUUGAUGCUCCAGUUCUUUCUUUUUUGGUAGCAUGUCUUUGAGGAAGUUAAGAAUUUGGUGAUGUUAGCAUGUUGUAAUGGUCACAAAAGACCUCUUGAGGCAUGACUUGUUUCUUAUUUAUGAAAAAUGUUACCAGCUCAUACAGUCACUAAGAUUAGACAGGGUUUGUAUUGUAUUGGACUGUUAGUGCUCUGAAUAGUUAAGAACACCGUUUUAAUUCGUAUUUAGGAGUCUAAUAUUUGCACAUUAUUAAUCUCUAAAUCUGGCAUACUAGAAUCUUCCUUACAAUGAAGCUUCUAAACUAUUGAUUUCUUUUAAAUGCUUAUGUUUAUUCACCUAAA